UUUUCUUUGCAAACGGAGAAAACCUCAGCGAGCCCUGGAUGCACAAAGGGAGGGGGAGGACGAGGCCAGCUGGAAAAAAAUAAAAACCACAGAAAAACCUCGCCUGGAGACGGCUGCAGCUCCCCGGGGAGGGAAUUCACGUUCUCAGCGCCGCUUUGGCAGCGUUUCCUCCUCUCGGCGGCUCCGGGAGGAGCGGAGGGGGACGGGCGCUGCCCGCGCUCUGGGGACGCUGCUGUUGUCGCUGUCGCUGCCGCGCGUGUCCCGCGGUCCCCUCCGCGCCCAGCCUGGCAUAAACAACGCUGCCUCUGGCCAUGUCAUGCCUUAAAAUAGAUGUUCCUACAUCAGCCUCUCUCCAGCGGCGGCGGCAGCAGCGAGACGCGGACAUGGCCGACUGGAGCUGAUCCCGCUCCGAUCCUGCCCCGGCUCCCGGCGCUCGCCAAGGACCGUGGGUGGCAGCAGCAGCAGGAGCGACCCCCAGCCCCCCGCCCGGCCCCCGCCGCCCCCCCAGGCAUGCCGUGUGGCUCUGGGCGGCUCCCAUGGCGUUCCUGUCCAGGCUCUACAGGAACAGCGGCCGCUCCCCGAGCCGCGCCCCGCGGGACGAGCGCGGGGGCCGCCCCAUCCUCAGCGUGUUCGAGCUGGAGCGGCUGCUCUACACCGGCAAAACCGCCUGCAACCACGCCGACGAGGUGUGGCCCGGCCUCUACCUGGGCGACCAGGACAUCGCGUCCAACCGGCGGGAGCUGCUGGCGCUGCGCAUCACCCACGUGCUGAACGCCUCGCACUGCCGCUGGCGCGGCGGCGCCGAGCUCUACGAGGGCACGGGCAUCCGCUACCUGGGCAUCGAGGCGCACGACUCGCCCUCCUUCGACAUGAGCCCCUACUUCUACCCCGCCGCUGACUUCAUCCACCAGGCCCUCAACGAAGGGAGGAUCCUGGUGCACUGCGCCGUCGGGGUCAGCAGGUCGGCCACCCUGGUCCUCGCCUACCUCAUGAUCCGCCACCACAUGCCCCUGGUGGAAGCCAUAAAGACGGUCAAGGACCACCGCGGGAUCAUCCCCAACCGCGGCUUCCUGCGCCAGCUGGUGGCCCUGGACAACGCCCUGCGCCUCAAGAGGAGCUCCUGAGGGGCUCCUGGGGGUCACCCGCAGUCCCCCCAGCUCCGGGGGUCCCCCGUGGGCCAGGCCAGGCCCCCCACCCUCAGUUCUGCCCCGGGGAGGCCCAGCCAUGGCCCCUCCCCGCCCGCUCGCCCCGCGCCGCCUCCGGAGGGACCCGGCCCCGCGUCCUCCGUCACCCUGCGGCCUCCAGGGAGCCUUCAAGGCUUUGUCACCCGCCCUGGCCUCUGUGUCCCCCCCUGCCAGGACACUGCAGCUCUGUGUGUCCCCCGUGGUGUGUCCCGUGUGCUCGUGGUGAGGUCUGGGCUCAGGCCAGCUCCUGUCCUUGUGUUUGGGUGUUGUCCGUGCCUCGUGUCCCCCUGUGAAAAUAAAGGCAGUGCUAAGGAAGAG